AGAGAGAGAGAGAGAGAGAGAGAAUGGGGGAGGAGAGGGUGAAGGAGGAGGCUCUGAGGCUGAUGGGGCAGCUCGAAACCCUACCUCGAUUGGUGGUCUUUGAUCUCGACUACACCCUCUGGCCUUUCUAUUGUGAAUGCCGCUCUAAAAGGGAAAUGCCAUCUUUAUAUCCUCAUGCUAAGGGUAUAUUAUAUGCGCUCAAGGAUAAAGGAAUCGAUGUGGCAAUCGCUUCAAGAUCGCCAACACCCGACAUAGCAAAAACUUUCCUUGAUAAAUUGGGUUUUCAGUCAAUUUUUGUGGCACAGGAAAUAUUUUCUAGUUGGACCCACAAGACAGAGCAUUUCGAAAGGAUUUAUAGGAGAACCGGUGUGCCUUUUGAGUCAAUGCUCUUCUUUGAUGACGAGAACAGGAACAUCAUAUCGGUGUCUAAAAUGGGAGUAACAAGCAUCCUGGUUGAUGAUGGAGUAAACCUUGAAGAAUUUCGAUCUGGUCUAGAGAAAUUUUCACUUAACAAUUCCCCAUCAAAUACGAAUACUGAAGUUGAUGGAGAAAACACUUAAGCCUGAAGAAGAUCACACAAGUCAUUCAAAAUCCCAUUGCUGGGUGGGAAAUUUUAUGAAGUACAUGCAGAAAGAUAGUGUUCAAGCUGAAGAAUCAUCCUCUGGUCACUAGUGGAUAUGUUCUCUAAGUAUUACACCAAAUAACCCUUAUAUACAUCACAACAUUGCUCAUUUGUUUUGGAAAUAUCAAUAUAAAUGUUAUGUUAUUUAUUGAAUUUUACAUUGUCUGAUCAAACAUAAAAUUUUCCAAAUAUCACGAUUAAUA